ACAGGCUGCUGUGACUGUCACCAAAGUCUUCAGGGCCACCUGCUACCUUACUGCUGUCCAGCUCUGGUGGUUCUCAGACGUGGGGACAUUCCAGGGCGCAGGCAUCUGGUGUGGGACCGCUGUGGCUGCAAGGCGCUCUGCGCCCUGCCUAGCUGAGGGCUCGUAGGUGUCUGGGCUCCAGAUGGAGAACCGCUCCUUCAGCUACGAGCUUGAGUAUGGAGAUUACGCUGACCUCCCAGACGUCCCCGUGGACUGCGCAGAUGGUGCCUGCCUCUCUUUGGACACCCUCCGCGUGGCCCCCCUCCUGCUGUACGCUGCCAUCUUCCUGGUGGGCGUGCCAGGCAAUGCCAUGGUGGCUUGGGUGACCUGGAAGGAAGCCGUCCAGAGACUUGGGGCCACUUGGUUCCUGCACCUCGCUGUGGCCGACUUGCUGUGCUGUUUGUCUCUCCCGCUCCUAGCCGUGCCCAUCGCCCAGAGGGAACACUGGCCCUAUGGGGCACUGGGCUGCUGGCUGCUGCCCUCUGUCAUCCUGCUAUCCAUGUACACCGGCGUACUCCUCCUGGCUGCUCUCAGCGCCGACCUCUGCCUGCUGGCCUUCAGGCCCCCCUGGUGGGCUGCCACUCGGAGGAUACUCGGGGUACGGGUGGCACAGGGCACCGCAUGGAUGCUGGCCUUGCUGCUCACGGUGCCCUCUGCCAUCCACCGUCGCCUACAUCAAGAACAUUUCCCCUCCCGCCUCGAGUGUGUCAUGGACUACCAGGGCUCCGUCACCGCAGAGGCCAUGGUGACCGCUGCCCGAUUUCUCUUCGGUUUCCUGGGGCCACUGGUACUGGUGAUUGGCUGCCACAGUGUCCUCCUGUGUCGAGUGUCCCGGCGCCACUGGCCACUGGGCACGGCUGUCAUGGUGGGGUUUUUUGUUUGCUGGGCACCGUACCACAUCCUGGGGGUGGUACUCACUGUGGCUACCCCUCACUCUGUGCUCCUGGCCCGGGCUUUGCGGGCUGAACCUUUGGUCGUGGGCCUGGCCCUGGCACACAGUUGCCUCAAUCCCAUGCUCUUCUUGUAUUUUGGGAGGGGCCGACUCCGCCAGUCACUGCCAGCCGCCUGUCACUGGGCCCUGAGGGAGUCGCAGGAUGAGGGCAGUGUGGUGAGCAAGCUAUCUACCAGCCACGAGAUGGUGUCAGAGGUGGAGGUGUAGGGAGAGGGGUGCUGCCUGUGAACCCCCUGGCCUGGUUCACCAUGGAGCAGCCAGCCUCGGGCAUAGCUGGGCACAGGAACAUGAUGGGGGCCGUGUUUUACUUUUCAUGCAACAAACAUCCAUUCUGUGCUGGCCUUGUGGGAAGCCCUGGUAUGGGCACUGGGGCAUCAGUGGCUAGAACAGACACAAAUCCUGCCCUCCAAGACCAGACACUCUAGAGGAGGAGCACACAAGUAAGCAGUCAAACACAGGAAUGUGAACCGCGUCAAGCGCGGUAGGUGGCAUCAACCUUAACAGGGACAAAGGGGACUGGGUGGGGAAGCAGAGGUCACCCGGGCUAGGUCCCCCAGGAAAGGUGGUAUUUGAGUCAAAACCCGAAUAAUGGAGAGGGGAGCUGUUGGGUGAGGGGGUUGUGCAAAUAAUGAGGUAGGAACUGCUCAAGCUCAAAAACUAGAUGAAGUUUAUUUCAGCCAAGGCAUGACCCAGCUGAUCGAUCAGGGACACAGCCAGACUUGGGAGCUGGAACUGCAACCUCAAAGGAGUGGCUUACAGGCUUUUUAAAGAAAAAUCACAACCAGGUAUUAGGCAAACUAGAGGAGGAGUGGGGUGACCUUUACCAGGAUUGGUGGGUUCUAGGUGGAGAAAUACAUUGUAACCAUGUAACUGUAGUUAAGAAACUAGUUGUUGCCGGGUGUGGUGACGCACACCUUUAAUCCUAGCACUCAGGAGGCAGA